AACUUACAGUAUGGUCCAGCCAUCCUUUGUCGUAUUUUCAGGUGGAUCUGCUUGCAAUAAUAUUGCACAGGCCUUUCAUCAAAUAAGCAACAAUAACGUUUGCUAUAUUCUCGGUGUAUCAGACAAUGGUGGAUCAACCAGCGAACUUCUGCGUGUCUUGGGUGGCCCAAGUAUUGGUGAUCUACGCUCGAGACUCACUCGUCUCAUCGAUGUAUUCGACACCAAUGGAUAUUCCACAGAACGAGCAGCCAUACGAGAAUUACUCAGCUAUCGUCUUCCAUCCAAUGUAUCAGAACAUGAGGUCAAAGACGAAUGGGCAGCAAUUGUUGAAGGCCAUCACAUCCUUUGGAAAGAAAUCCCAAUCGAGAAACGGGAAGCAAUUCGCGGGUUCCUGACCAGCUUUAACUUCGAGAUCCUCAAGAGGGCGCACAAACGAUUCAACUUUAGUAACGGCAGCAUCGGCAACUUCUUUUUGACGGGCGCACGCCUCUUCUUUGGUUCACUCGAGGCUGCUCUCUUUCUAUUUUCAGCCCUGACCGGGGUGUCUGAACCCACUGCAGUCGUGCCUGUCAUCAACACCAACCACACUGCAACAAUUGCGGCCUUAUUAGAAAACAGUGACAUAUUGGUCGGUCAGUGCGAAAUAUCACACCCUUCAGUCACCGUCUCGGCCUCAGACCUCACUAAACGCACCCGCCCCAACCCCAUCGACGCAUUUUCACAACUCGCAUCCGACCAAAACGACCUUUCUCCCUGGAACGGCUCCUCGCCCCCAAAUUCCAACCUCGUAUUCUCAAAACACGCCGACGAAAAACUUGUUUCUCGCAUCAAACGCAUCUAUUAUAUCAACGAGUACGGCCAGGAAAUCUACCCUGUCCCAAACCCAAAAGCCAUCAGCCACCUUUCUCUCAAACAAACGCUGGUUUAUGCCAUUGGAUCUCUCUAUACCUCGAUUGUACCCUGUCUUGUACUCCGCAACGUUGGCAACACUAUUGCCCAGUCUUCAUCACUGAAACACAAGAUCUUCCUUCUCAAUGGCACCAAUGACCGCGAGACCGGAGGCUACACUGCCCUGGAUUUCAUAGCUACAGUU